CGUUCGUUGGUCCAUGGUUGUGACUCGUGUGAUGUGUGUCUAAAAUACCUUGAUGAUAUAAAACUUAAUCUUUUUAUUGUUGUUUUAGUUCAUUUAAUUAAUCAAUUUAUUAUCAAUAUCUGCUAGGGACAGCAUUAGUCGUAGCAUUUGCAUUUGUCUUAAGUUUGUUAGCUGGAAUAAAAUUGAGUAACGUCAAUAUUUAGACGAAAUAAACAUUUUAUUUUUCAAUAGCAGAACUAAUAGGCCUGUCUCGUAAAUUAUUUAUUGCUGUACUUCAAUGUGUUGAAGAAUGGAUUCUGACUCUCUUAUUCUUACUUUUAGGAGCUCCAAAUUUUAGAAUUGUCCCUGAGUGGUGCACUUCACACAAUAUCUAACUGAGACACAACACGGCAAUACAAGAUGGCACCUCUGCUGGAAGAUGAUACCUUAGGGUUUGGAGAAGAAGAGGAAGUAGGAAAACUAACGCAUCCUUAUGUGACAUUUUUCCACUUGGCAUUCCGAGGAGCUGCUCUUCUCCUAUAUAUUUUCUGCAACAGUGGAGGAGUAAGUUUCAUCACCACCUUCGUGGUUGUCACACUUUUGUUAUCCAUGGACUUUUGGACUGUCAAGAAUAUCACAGGUCGGCUGAUGGUGGGUCUAAGAUGGUGGAACUAUGUGGAUGACAACGGAGACUCGCAUUGGGUCUUUGAAUCCAGGAAGGGGGGCUCACAGAACCGCAUCAACGCGCGAGAGGCACGCGUGUUCUGGCUAGCUCUGACCAUUGUUCCGGUGGUCUGGGCACUCUUCUUCCUCGCUGCACUGUUCAGCUUCAGCUUCAAGUGGUUGCUAUUGGUGGGCAUAGCUCUGACGCUCAAUGGAGCGAACCUCUAUGGCUACAUCAAGUGUCGAAUGGGUCACAACGAUCAGAAGUUUACGACUACAGCAAAUGAGUUCUUCAGGAAGCAAGUCAUCCAUAGUGUCGCAUCAAUGUUUACAUCGUCAGCUAACACGGCCCCCUCUGCAUCCCCCACUUCUCCCCGCCCUACCAAUGUCGUCUAACCUGAUUGUGCAUGCGCUGGAUCGACUGAAUUUGUAAAUAUGUGAUGGAAAAGACCGUCUAUGCCAACUGUCUUGUUACAUUUAAGUGUUUGAGUGUAGAUUAAAUUACGUAAUUCAGACAGUUCUGUCUGGUUGCAUUACCUCUUUGGCCGGUAGUUUUAGUUUUGAAUAAGUGUAAGAAAAGCUUCAAACAUUCUUUAAUUAAGAUUUUAAAUAUUUUUAAUGUCUUUUUGGACAGAUCAAACAUUCAAAUAAUGUUAAAAAUCAAUGUUGUCAAUUACAUGUACACUGUUUAGGUUUGGGUGAUAGUUUUAUUUAUGCAAAAUUGAAAACAAAUCCAUUGUUUUAUUACAGGUAUGACAUAUUUAAUAAUAAUGUAUUAGUAUUAUAAUUAAUUUUGAAAUAAUUUUAAUAUAUAAUGAAUAUUGUGGUUGCAAUUAUGUGAUGCUCUAUUCUAGAAAAGCUCAAAGUUGAAUGUUGUUACUGUUAGGGAACCAAAAUUUUGUUUGUGAAUGUUUAAAGGUAGCUAGCUACUAAUGCAAACAAUUUUUGUAUGUGAAAUGUUCAAUAUUGUUUCUUUAUAUGUUUCUAAUAAUAAUUAAACUGUUAUUGUUUUUAAAAAUUGUUUUAGGAUUUUUUUGGAAAAGUUUUAUUUGGUUGUAAAAUAGCCAGUACAUCUAGAGAUUGUUUAUUUUAAAUAACCUAUAUUUACAACUCGCAAUUAUGUUUCUAAACAUUCACUUUUAUAUGAAUUCAGGGUGGCCACCCACCCGGAAUAAGCCGGGAAUCUUCCUGUAGACAGGAAAAAAUCUCAGGACUCUGAACAAUGUUUAUGUGUGUAAGAAAUUAUGAAAUCAAGAAAUAAUUUUACAGCUCUUUGAAUUAGGAGUUGAUUAAUCCCAAACAUUGUAUUUCACGUGACUCGAACCAUGUAACUGUGAAUGAAGAUCGACCACGUCUCGGUGAUAUUGCCAAAUUGUUUACAUUGUCUGUAGAUAGUAUGUGUGCGAUCGACCAUGUGUCUCAAGCUCCACUUGACACCAGUUAAUCCAAAAUUGCUUCCACUAGUGUAGAGGAGUUUAUCUUAGUUAGUUCUACCCUAUGUCACGUAAGCUCCCAUACACACAACAAUCCAUUUGACAAUUAAAGUCGGCCGACCGAUCAUCUCAGUUUGGUUUGUGAACAAAUGCUCCUCACCACAGUCUGGUUGGUAAUCAGAUCACUUAGGUUAAAAGUGAGGUUCCUUUUUGUCACAUCACGGUCACAUCCAAAGCUGAACUAAUCUUGUUGCCAGUCUGUAUACGAUCGGUUGGGUGAAUUCCCCACACAUGUUAGUCUUCAUCGUCAGAAUGGCAUUGGUUGAACAACUGGUGGAAAUCUCACCAUUUAUCUGAUCAACUAAUCAUCUCAAUGGCUUGACGAUCGGUCAGAAGUUAGAACUAUUCAAACCAAAAUCGUCAAACCAAAUGUUACAUGAGGAGUCAGUCAUACAUCAUGUUGUGUCAUAGUCACUGUAUGUAUUUAUUUUCUAGUUGUGUUUUCAUGAUGGCCUGAUUCUGCUAUUUUAUACCUCAAGGCAAAAAAAAUAUUUAAGAGCCAGUAAUUGAUUAUGUAUUCCUGGGGAAACUGUGGAAGAUAUUGUUCGUUACUUGUGUCAACCUGUAGAUAACGAAUUAACCUCACUUCGAUAACUUACGUAGCAGAUAACUUUCUGAUGUAUUCUACGUAUAUAACUUGGCAGUGGGUUAUAUUUAUAGCCAUGAUACUUUCGAGGGACUUUAAAAAGCGUGGAUUAUGCUUAAUUGUAAGCGGUAAUUGUGUUUUUUACUCUAAUUUAAAUUUUCAAACCUUUGUUCAAUAUUUAUGUAUGUGCUGAUAUUUACAGCUAAUCUGUGUUCCCUUCACAAUUUUUGUAGUUGUAAAUUUUCUCUAUAAAAUAUAUUUUUUUUCAUCAUGACUAGGGAAAUUUUUCAUACAUUUUAAAUUCAUAAUAGGUUUAAUAAGUGGUACAAGUGUAUGCCCAUAUUUUUGUGUGGAUUUAAAGCCUACAUUCUGGAAGUUCGUAUUAUAAUCUUUCAAAUUAAAGUAGAAGGUAGGGGAUAUGUCUUUGUUUUUAAAAUAUAACUAAUUCUCUGAACCUCUGCAAAUUCUUUUGCGAUAGAGUAGUAUUCAUGGAUUACUCUUUAUAUCAUCAGUCAGGUCUCAAAGGUUUAAGAAUGACCGAAAUUGGAUUGGUGUUGAUUUUGUUUAAACCAUAUUUAGAUUAAAACAAGGCUAUUAGGAUUAGAAAUUCUAGAAUCUGGAAUCAAGAUUUUAAGAUUUAAAAUCGGAUUUGAAAAUUUUGAAUUUGUCUAUGAUAAUAGAAGUACUUAAAAUUUUCUUGGGAAGUCACGAUUUUAUAAUAUUAUAACUAGUAAUGUGUCAAAGCUAAAUCUGAAUUCCAAAUAAGUUUAUUCACGGUCAACAGCUAUGCCUUAGCAGGCAAACUACCGAUUUUAAAUAUAUGUUAUCGUUAUACUUUCUGAAUGAAAAAAAUGAGAUAUAUAAACUAAUUAACAAAUUGCAGUAGUUUAAACAAAUAAUAUUUUGGUUACAUUUCAUAUUUUCUAUUUAUAUUGAAGUGCAUCAUCACGAGUCUGCUGCGUCUAUCUGCUGCAACUGCGUAAAUUUCUUCAAAAUAACAUGGCAUUCUUAGGCUUACUUUUUACCCAAAAAAAUAAACAAAGUUAAAAGUUGAAUCCAGUUAAAAGUUUUUUUUGUUUAUUUUCUGUUGUACCGAACCAACCUAGCAUACUGGCAAACCUGUGGUUUCGUACCAAAGUUCCUUCAUUGCAGAUGUCUGAUCUUCAAUACAAGACUGUUUGGCCUACACCAGCACUGAUUGGUUAUUUUUGUUCUCUUUUAUUUUCCAAAUGCACACAUGCAUUUUCAAAACAUGACAAAGGAAAAUUAUUAGUUAUACACAAUGAAAGACACAAGAGAUAUAAACAAUAAAAUAGCAGGUAGCGAUGUAUCGUCACAGAAUUUCUUGCAUGUACGUGCUAAUUUGCUUGGCCACCGCAACUUGUGGCAUUUACUACAAAUACAGCCGGUGAUGAGAAACCAUCACUGUUGCACUCGUUGGAAAAUGCACUAGAGAAUUUUUUACAGAGUUUUUUUAGUGGCCAUUAUAUUGGCCAGUGUUUUACAUGCUUAUAUAGUUAUACCAAUAACCAUUUGUCUGUAAUUAAGACUGCUUUUUAAAUGCUGAGAUGGGUAGCGGAGACAUGUAAUCCAGUGACUUUGAAUGAUUGGAUUACUCAAAGUCAACACUAACCCUUUUGAUGACAGGGAUCCUUGUAAAGGUGUCCAGGUCUUGGGAAGGGUGUUAAAGAUUUUAGCAAACCAAUAUAAUUGUAAACCCUACACAACUCUAUGUAAAAUUUAGAGCUUAACUUGGUUACAAGAUUACAACUUCCUCACUAGUCACACUCAUCAUCCAUUCAUUUUUAGUAUUAAAUACCUACAUAGUUAUGUUUUGAUAAUGAAUGAGAUCAAAACAGUUCAUAGAACAUAGAGCAUUGAAGGUAGAGCCAUCCUUCCCUCUUAUCUCUUUUAAUAGUGAAAAUAAAAUAAAAUACUUUUUAUGGAAUUAUAAGCUUCUUAAAUAAUAGGCAUUUUCUACUUAGUAGUUUUAGAAAAAUUGGGUGAAAAGGAGAGUGGACAUCAACCCAAAAUUUUAAUCUCUAUCUUGUGGCCAUUAAAAACGUAACAUAAUAAAUUACAAAUUCAAAACUGCUUAAAAAAAUCUUUUGUCUCCACACAAGAUGUCUCUGUUUAAAGUUUAGAACUUUUAUAUUUUUGAGUGGUAACUAAGAAACCUGAUUGAAACAAUUGAAAUUGAAAUUAAAUAUUUUUUAAGUGAUUGUUAUGUAAAUUUCUAGUUAUAAAUAAUGUUCUAUUUGUUCAAAAAUGGACUUAACGUAUUUUUCAUGUAUACAAUAUACAAAAUGUUACAUUUUAAAUUAUUCACUAUUUUUUAUUGGGACAAGUUAAAAUCUUUGUCAGCGGGUUUACCGCUUUAUGCUUUUUUAUCCCAUGGAUCACUCAAGGGGGAUUACUAUUUGAUUUUUAGUUGUCUCUGAAGCAGUUCAUAUUUUGAAAAAGUGAAAAUAAUUUUUAAAGUUUUGAUAUUAAAUUGUCUACUGCAGGUUUUCCAAAGAAUAUUAUUUUAUUUUAUUGUGUUAUUUAAUGUAUUAUGCCACUUUGUGGUGGAGUGGCCUUAAGUUAAUUAUCAAAAAGGGUUAACAAGUAAGACACUGAUAAUUUUAGUACUGGCUCUUUUAAUUCCAGAUAGAUAGUGGCAGCAUUCUGCCUUUUAUUCCCAUGUGUCGGGCAAAGUUGGAUCAUACUUUCUGAAUAGCUCUUAUAGUUACAGGAGUUAAUCAUUUUGGUUUCUUCUUCUGAUUUAUGGGUAAGUUUGCUAUUAGAGAAAAAAAAGGAUUUUAUACAUUCAUAAACUGUAGUAAGUAUUGAAUUCCUAUUAAAAUAAUUUAACUCUGAGAGCCCAAGCACAGGUUGUGUCCCUCAUGUGUCAAAAAUAUGAGUUAGUUUUAGAGUAAUAGGUUUAAUGUAUUAAAAAAGAACACAGUUUACAAUAAUUUUAAUUUUAAAAUAAAUAUUGAUAAUUAACUUGUUUUGUGGAAUUUUGGUUUGAAACAGAAUGUCUUAGAUAAACUUGAAUUUUAUAAAACACUCACUUAACAUGUAACAGCACAUGUGCAUUACUGUGCUUGUUUGUUUGUGUAACAGUUUUUGGUGCUGUGAUCUGUAAUUUAUUAUGUUAUUUAAGAUUUGAUUGUGUUGUGCAUCGGAUUACCGAAUACAGAAAACUUGAUUCACAAACAUCAAUUUUAGAACAGUCGUCACACAACAUAAAAGAAAAAAGUAAUAAAUUAUGGUGUUGUGUUCAAUUUCCCUCUCCAGAAAAUCACCAAUGGUGUAAAUUGACUCCUCCAUAAGCCAGCAGCGCAGUCCUCUUUUCAAGUUGCUUUCCUCCAGUUGCUUGAGCUGGGUUGGGAGAGCAUUGAAUAGCUUAGCUCCAGCAUAAGAUGGUUUUUUGGUAAAUAGUGCAGUUCUGUGAGCUGGUAAAUUGAAGUUAUGCCCAUGCCUGGUUUCCCUUCCAUGGCGGUUGUUUCGAGUCAAGUUGAGACUAUGAGCAUGUAGGAUGAUCUCAAGAAUGUAGAGAGCUGUCACAGUGAGUAUCUUUAAGUCUUUGUAGGCUUCUCUACAGCUGUCCCGGGGCGCAAGGCCAGCCGUUACUCUUAUCACCCGCUUCUGAAGGACCAUAACACGUUGAAGGUUGUUGUUUGAGGACGCUCCCCAAAGAUUGCAUUUUUAUCCUAUGGUUGUUUGAUCCGUGUUACACUAUGCCACAUAAUUUCUUCCCACUGUAUUAUAUAUACACACACACACACACUUACAUGACUGUUAUAUCUUAUCUUCCAUACCACCCUGCAAUCACAGUCAGGCAAAUAUAUUUAUAUUUUGAAUUAAAGGUCAAAGUUUAUUAUGAAAUAAUUAUUGUAAUAAUUAUCUUUAAAAUGCAGGGCCUCAUUUUUAGUUUAUUAAUAUCUUCCUAUUGCACACUUCAGAAAAGUAUAUAUAUUUUAAUAAUUAAACAAGUUUGUGCAAUACUUUUAUGUUUGUUGAUUUUUAGAAUGUGAAUUUUAAAUUAUUGUGCAAGAAUCUCAGUAACAAGAAUACAUGAUGUAGAAAUGUAAAUAUACAAUUUGUGACAUUUAAGUGAAUCGUAUAUUUUAAUUUUGAUGUAUUAAUUUCAAAAUAGCCAAUGUUAUAUUUUGAGUUUUGUCAUUUUUGUGAAUAUACAUGACCUGUGAUCACACGGUCAGUGCCAUGAAAGUGUAUGAUAACAUGGAUCUAGUCCUAUCUUGACUGGAGCACAAUUCAUCAGUAGUCUGUUGAUUCUUCCAACUUUGUUUUGUAUGAUACAGGCCUGUAGCCUGUGAAAAGUAGCAUAACAAAAAGAAAAUAACAGUUUUAAUUAGAUGAUUUAUAUGGUCUAGUGUAUUACAGAUGAUUGUUAUCAAUUAUUUAACAAAAAACUAUGAGUUUCUUAACUUGUCAUAAUACAAAUUAGUGGAUAUCUGAAUAACAAUUCACUUUUGCAAAGUCUUAUUUGAGUCCAGUAAAGUUAUUAAUCACUGUAUUGCGACAUCAAAGAAUGUGUUGAACAGACUAGUAGUUUGAAACGGAAUUACAGUUUUUUUUAAUACAGUUGAAAAUUGAUUUUAUUUAAACAAUCAGCCAGUGUUUAAAUUAAAAAAAAAAAAAAAAAAACUUAAAUAACGUUAUUUUUGAAUGCGCAACGAAAAUGUUUUGGUUAAAAACAAUGACUUGUAGUUCUGGUUGAGUAUUUGUGAAUUGGAGGAGACUUAUAAAUUUCCCAAAUGUUAUUUUGACAUUAUUGCUUUGGUUGUUAGUUCUAUUUAUUCUUAACUUAGGAAGUAACAAAAUUACUUGGUAAAUUAUUCCACUUUCUGAAAUAUAUUUAUCAAAUUUUAAGUAAAGCUGUGUCUGAAAUUAACAAAUAAAAAUAUAUUAAUAGUUACAAAAAUGAAAUGUUAGCCAAAAAGCUAAGUAUUUAUUUUACUAGGGUAAAACAGAAAUUGUGUUAUAGCCUUAGUUGUAAUCUAUCUUCUGUUUAAAUUUAAAAUUAAGUUUUUCUAAUUACAGUUCUUCAGUUUUAGCUUUAAAACAUAAUACUACAAGUUCCUAAAUUGUUUGCCAGAGAUUUACAGUACAUUACAUUUGCUUCGUUGUAGAUAAAUGUUGUAUACUUCAUAAAAACCGUUGUUUAUAAACAUUCCAUUGUAUAUAGUCUGUAUAGUAGUGAAUUGUAUAAAUUAAUGAUUAAUAAAUGUUUUACUGAAUGGUA